UCGCCGACUCGAUCUGAAAUUGAGAGCUGCUUGCAGUCGCAGCAGAAGAAGAUCCAUGAUCGAGAGCUCUCUAUCUUUUCCAAGAGGAUCUGAGUUAUCCAACAACGAAAUUCUUUUUUUCUAAAAUUUUUUGGAUCACUUCAUUGUCUCAUUGCAGCCAUCGUAGCAAGUGGAGUAGGCACUGUCGCAGGGGCUGGAGCAGCUAUAGCAGUCUCUUGCUGACAAGGGACGGAAUUCAACUGAACCAAAAUGAUUUCGACCCGUUGAAUUGUAGUCUGCUAACUGAUCUGUAAGAGAGAGAGAGAAAGAGAGAGGGAGAGAAAGAUAGAGAGAAAUGGGGAGAGAGGUAUCAGAGAGCUGCGUGGACAGUUUGGUGAUAGAGAUGGUUUCAGCCUACUGCAAUCGAUUCUAUGCCUCUAAGCCAGAACUUGCUGCUCGGAGGAUCGAGGCCAUUGGUUAUCAAGUCGGUCAUCAGCUGUCAGAGAGGUAUACCAUAGAAAGGCCUAGGUUCAGUGAUCAUCUAGAAGCAAUCAAGUUCAUUUGCAAAGAUUUCUGGUCGGAACUCUUUAAGAAGCAGAUUGACAACUUAAAGACCAAUCAUAGGGGUACAUUCGUUUUGCAAGACAACCGGUUCCGUUGGCUGACACGUGUGUCAAUUGAUCAAUCGCCAGCCAACACUGAUCUGUCUCAGGAACCUUCAUCGGCUACAGAUGAGAGCAAGGCUUCUCAAGCAACAAGCAUGCAUCUGUACUUCCCAUGUGGGAUCAUAAGGGGAGCACUUUCAAAUUUGGGUAUCCCUUGUGCAGUUUCUGCAGACAUAUCCAACCUGCCUGCAUGUUCAUUUGUGGUCCGAAUAAAGGCUUGAUGCAUGUUACAUGGAGGAGGGAGAAGGGAAAAGGGGAAAUAAGCAGAAUGGUGGUUACAUCGUCACUUCAGCCGUGGCUUUUCUCAUUGGUUGGGAUUUGAAGAGUGCCUACCUCUACAGUAGCUUAAUUUCUAUUUUCUUGUGUAAUACAUUGGUUAAAGGAUCUUUCAAUACUUCAUUCUAAAUAUCCAAAAUACAGAACCUUCUUUUCCUCCCUCCUAACUAAUGUACCUCAAUUUUCAACAUCUUUGUUAGUUUAUGGCUUUGAAUCUAUUGUGCCAUCAUUGUUUA